AUGUCGCAGUUCCCGGGGAAAACACAAAGGCAGAUCAGCGACAAGCGUCGUCUGCUCGGCCUGAUUGAACCGGCGAACGGGCCAGCGUCUCGAACGAGCGACAGAGCAGUACCCCGCUCACUUGGGAAUCAGACAAUAAAGCUGCAAAAAGAAUCGCCAAUAAAUAAGAUCUUGAAGCCUCAGGUGAAAGUACAGAAAUCGUAUGACGACGAAGAGAAGAGAUGGAGGCAGUGUAUGAUAGCUUCGGCGACCAGAACACUUGCCAAACACCAUGACGAGAUGGCGAAGGACGCUAAAAUACAGCCUUUGGCAGUCAGGUUAACUGCAAUUGCGGGGAGCUUUCGAUCUGCUGAAGAUGUCAUAAGCGUAUCUGACCCACUCGUAAAACAACUCGAAAACGUCGUCAACGAACUCACCGUCGAGUUAGAAUCGCACGACGAACAGCGGGCCCCAUAUUGUCUUUGGGGCAUCGCGCAUCUAGUAGAAUAUCACACCAGCUCGACUGCCCCCCGCAACGCCGGUUUCCGGCGUCUAGCCGCUACUGCCCUUUUGGCAGGUACAUCGUGUCCGACGGGGCCAAAAAGGCGUCCAACAAAUCAUCUACCGGCCCCAAGGACACACACCAAAUCUCAGCUCCAUACGUCGACAGAUAACGCCGUACUGGCCGUAUUAAGUGCGGCCAGGUAUUAG